AUGAGAAUCCUUUCAUUAGUUGUUGCUGGGCUCAUUCUUCUUGUUCAACUUCACCCAGGCAGUGCCUCGUUCUACAGACAGCAUCUCUGUUCAAAGCUGGAUGGUCACUGUGCGAUUGACUGCCUUACCUUUGAAGAAAAGAUCGGGGGCUGUCGGGCUGACUUAACACCACUGUGCUGCAGAAAAAGAAAGAAACACUGAAUUCUCAACACCAGCUCCCAGGAUUAAAUUCUCAACACCAGCUCCCAGGAUUAAAUUCUCAACACCAGCUCCCAGGCAGAAUCUCCCAACAAAGCUCUCUGG